UUUGACACUGACAAAUACUGACAAUGACUGACUUAAACAAUCAAGCGGUGUUUCUUUCUUUCGUCGUGGUGUGUGAGGAACCCCUGCGUGAGGUCAACCGAGACAACAUCAGCUAGAGAACUAUAUUUGGCACACAGUUCAACGCCGCAAGUUCAAUAAAACAGACAUGGCCGCCAAUGGAAAGUUAGCUCUUCUCAGCGUAUCAGACAAGACAGGCCUGGUGCCGCUUGCAAAGUGCCUGUCCGACAUCGGCCUCGGUCUGGUGGGCAGCGGCGGCACUGCCACGGCUCUUCGCAAUGCCGGGCUCAAAGUGCUCGACGUGUCGGACAUCACUGGAGCCCCGGAAAUGCUCGGUGGACGCGUCAAGUCGCUCCACCCUGCUGUGCAUGGUGGAAUCCUGGCCAGGCUUACAGACUCCGACCAGGCCGACAUGAAGCGUCAGAAGUUCGACAUGAUAAGCGUGGUAGUCUGCAACCUGUACCCGUUCGUGCAGACGGUAUCCAAGCCCGACGUGACCAUAGCUGAUGCUGUAGAGAACAUCGAUAUCGGAGGAGUGACGCUCCUCCGGGCAGCUGCCAAGAAUCAUGAUAGAGUGACCAUAGUGUGCGACCCUGCCGACUAUGACAAGGUCAUUCAGGAGCUGAAGGAAACUCCUGACCAUCAGACUUCUUUGGAGACAAGACAAAGGCUGGCAUUGAAGGCGUUCACGCACACGUCGGAAUACGACCUGGCUAUCUCGGACUACUUCCGCAAGCAGUAUUCCGCCGGCCAGGCGCAACUGACCCUGAGAUACGGUAUGAACCCCCACCAAAAGCCAGCCCAAGUGUUCACGACCCGCGACCGUCUUCCCCUGACCACCCUCAACGGAUCUCCCGGCUUCAUCAACCUGUGUGACGCUCUGAACGCGUGGCAACUGGUCAAGGAGCUGAAGGAAGCCUUGGGCCUGCCCGCUGCCACGAGUUUCAAACACGUUUCACCGGCCGGCGCUGCAGUUGGUCUACCUUUGACUGAGGAAGAGGCUUCAGUCUGCAUGGUAGCCGACUUACUCCCCAAACUUUCGCCCGUUGCCUGCGCAUACGCAAGAGCGCGCGGCGCGGACCGCAUGAGUUCCUUCGGCGACUUCAUCGCUCUCUCGGAUGUCUGCGACGAAAUCACCGCCAGGAUCAUAUCCAGGGAAGUCUCUGAUGGCAUCGUGGCGCCCGGGUACACGCCCGAAGCGAUGGAACUCUUGAAGAAGAAGAAGGGAGGCAGCUACUGUGUGUUGCAGAUGGACCCAUCCUACGAGCCGGACCUGAUUGAAAAGAAGACGAUCUUCGGCCUCACUCUGGAGCAAAGACGCAACGACGCCAAGAUCACCAAGGACCUUUUCAGCAACGUCGUGACCAGCAAGAAGAAUUUGCCAGACAACGCGACGCGAGAUCUCAUUGUUGCGACGAUUGCUCUCAAGUACACUCAGAGUAACUCAGUGUGUUACGCUAGGGAUGGACAGGUCAUAGGCAUCGGCGCGGGCCAACAAUCUCGCAUCCACUGCACGCGACUGGCUGGCGGCAAGGCAGCGCUCUGGUGGAUGAGACGCCACCCGCGCGUGUUAGCGCUGAAACCACGCGCCGGUGUAUCUCGCGCGAUGGUGUCCAAUGGAGUCGACAACUACGUCAACGGCACUGUGGGUACCGACCUACCUCUGGAUCAGUUCAACGCCUUAUUCGAGAAUCCGCCGGCGCCGUUAACGGAGCAAGAGCGGAAUGACUGGGUACAGAAGAUGGACCGCGUGGCGCUCGCCUCAGAUGCCUUCUUCCCAUUCCGGGAUAACAUUGACAGAGCUGUGCAGUGCGGUGUGGAGUACAUCGGCAGCCCGGCCGGUUCGAACAACGACAAGGAAGUGAUCGACGCGUGCAACGAACACAAGAUCACACUUGCGCACACCAAUCUGCGAUUGUUCCACCAUUAACAUGUUUAUUGCAAUAAUCCGCCCAAGUGUCAAAACGUGACAGCUGUAAUUUCGAAAUCCCAUCGCUUUGGCGUUAUCAUCAUCAUCGUCAUCUCAGCCAUAGGACGUCCACUGCUGAACAUAAGCCUGCCCCAAUGUAUUCCAUGUUGCCGGUUGGUAGCGGCCUGCGUCCAACGCCUUCCUGCUACCUUACCGAUGUUUUAUAAAGUACAUAGUUACUUCGAAGGGAUUUCGAAAUUACAACUGUCAUAAUAUAUAUUUUUUAAGUUUAAUUUCUACAUCACCAACUCCAGCGCUUUUCAUGUGCUUAUUCCGUAAAGUGAUCCUGAAAUUAUUCUGUCACGAUUAUUACUAUGUUUAGGAUUGUAAUCAUAACUAUAAGUAAAGACAUACCUAGAAUAAUGCCUUUGGAUAUUUGGGCAACUAAACAGACACUUGUCGUGACUCAAAAGUAGAUAGUUUCUAUUGGUUGUUGUUAUUGUGUUAAAUUAUAAUUAUAAGUUCACUCCAGCACAUCAUCUGCCAUAAUUAUGAUGAACUUUAUAUCUUUUGUUAUUAGGUUUAAAAUUUAAAGAUAUACUUUUUCACUUUGUCGGAGGUUAAGGCGAAAUCUCGUAUCGUUCUUUAUAACGAAGGAAUCCGUGCCAUCACAGCAAGCCAAGCGAAUUUGUUCUAUCCCGGAUGCUGUGACAUGUUUAAGAUUAUUUUUUUUAAGAAAAUACAACAAAGAUAUCUGAAAACCUCGAAUUACAAUCUCAUAUCUAUUAAGAGUAUAUUAUAUAAUUAAUGAACUUUAUACAUUUUAUACUUAUCCCAACUAAUAUUAUAAAUGCGAAAGUAACUCUGUCUGUCUGUCUGUCUGUUACGCUUUCCCGCUUAAACCUCGCAACCGAUUUUGAUGAAAUUUGGCAUAGAGAUAGUUUGAGUCCCGGGAAAGAACAUAGGAUAGUUUUUAUCCCGGUUUUUGAAACAGGGACGCGCGCGAUAAAGUUUUUCUGUGACAGACAAAAUUCCACGCGGGCGAAGCCGCGGGCGGAAAGCUAGUAUUUUUAUAAAGUAAAGCUAGCAAGAGACUUGCAUUUUAUACAUGAUUUUUGUGAGCGUCCAUAAAAAUGAACAAAAACACACACAAACUAUCUUACAAAACGACGCUUUUUUGAUUGAGCAGAAACUAUGAAGAAUAUACUGCCCCCCUAGACAAAACGCACUUUUUGAUUGAAUCAAAAAUCGAAUCCGUCAAAACUCCAUACAAAAAAGGGGCUUUUCGACCACUUUUCGACUGGUUUGCGAUUAUAAUUUGCACUUUGUCUAGACCCACUGAAGUUUCAAUCAAUAUUUUGACAAUUAUAAAUAACUUGAAAAAACGAACUGCUUAAUAAGGCGGUUUCAAUCAAUAAUUAUUAUAAGCGUCAUUUAGUAACCACUCUUCCAAUAAAGCUAACAUUCCAUACCUAUAAUUAAUUUUUUAAUAAAAGUUGUAAUAUUGUUCUUCAUGUUACAAACAUGACAUGUUUUAUACGUAUAAAAACAUUCUAAUAUGCAAUUACGUGCUAUCUAUGUAUAAGAUGAACUAUUUUGGAAAUGUAUAAUAAAUUGUUGAUGUUGAUUGUUGUUUACACAGUGCCUUAUUGUUAAGAUUGCAUUAAAGUAUUUUGAAAAUAUACAUUUCUUUGGAACCUUAA